GGAAGUUCAAGCUGAACAACAACAAAAAGAAUUAAAUGAAAAACAAGAAGAAAUUGACCAUCGAUUAAAAGGUAAUACGGAAAAUGAAUUUCAACUAGUUACUGAUCAUGAUUGUCAUAUUACAUCUGAAUGUUCAGUAUAUCCAGAUGAAUUAGAUAAAGAAUUAGAUUAUGAAAAAAAAUUGCAUUCAAAUUAUGAACAUUUACAACAACAAAUAACACGUUGUUCAACAACAAUAGAACAAAAACGACAAUUACAAGAACAAAUUCAAUUAAAUAUUGAACAAAUACAUGACGAAGUUGAACAAAUACAAAAGAAUAUUAUGAAUGAUAAAAAGGAAAUAAAUCAGUAUCAACAUGAGCUUGAACGUUCAAAUACGACACUAAAUCAACAAGAAGAUUUAACACGAGUAUUAACUCAACAUAAUGAUGAAAUUUCACGAAUUAUUCAACAACGUCGACAACAAAUUAAUGAACUUGAAAAUGAAUUGACCAAAGUAGAUGAUACACUUAUGAAUAGCCUUCUACAUCCUUCUUAUCAUUUCCAUUCAAAUAUAACUAUUCCACAACAUUAUAAUUCACUUCCAUCAACAAAUUCACCUUUAUCAUUAUCAACAGGUACAACAACAGAUGUUCUUAUGCCUGUUCGUCUGCAAUUCGUGAAUAGUACUUUAUGGAAAUUAUGCCCAAGUGGAAUUUGGGUUUAG